AUGUCUGAAGAAAAUCAAACAGUGAUCACUGAGUUCAUAUUUGUGGGAUUAACACAAGAUCCUGUACUGCAACGGAUUCUCUUUAUGAUAUUCCUCAUUAUCUACAUCAUCAGCUUGAUGGGGAAUCUUUCACUGAUUAUAUUAAUUAGUGCCAGUUCUCAGCUUCACACUCCAAUGUACUUCUUCCUCAGCAAUUUAUCUUUUUUGGAUAUCUGUUAUUCCUCAGUGGUUGCUCCCCAAACACUAGUCAAUUCUAUAGCAGAUAAAAAAUCAAUUUCUCUCGCUAGAUGUGCAACACAAUUGUAUUUUUUCAUCGCUUUGGGGACCACAGAAUGUUGUCUUCUAGCUGUGAUGGCAUAUGACCGGUAUGUGGCCAUCUGUAGCCCUCUGUUGUAUCCAGUCCUCAUGUCACCUAAGGUCUGUAUCCCUCUGGUAAUUGGAUCAUACACUCUUGGGAUUUUUCAUUCUCUUGUUCAUACGACCUUCACAUUUAAAUUGUCUUUCUGCGGAUCUAACAAGAUAAACCAUUUUUAUUGUGAUAUUACACCACUGUUAUCCAUCUCUUGUUCUGAUACAUAUGUUAGUGAAGUUCUUUUAUUUAGUCUUGUAGGAGGCAUUGAAAUUAUCACCAUCCUGGCUGUUGUGAUCUCAUACACCUACAUUCUUGCCACCAUUCUCAGAAUUCACUCAGUCCAAGGGAGACAGAAGGCAUUUUCUACCUGUGUCUCUCAUUUUACAGGUGUCACAAUUUACCAUGGGACAAUUCUCUUCAUGUAUUUGAGACCAACCUCUAGCUACUCUUUGGAUUCUGACAAAAUUCUUGCUGUAUUCUAUACAAUGGCAAUCCCCUUGCUUAAUCCCUUGAUAUAUAGCCUGAGGAACAAAGAUGUGAAAGAAGCUUUGAAUUACUUUCUUAAAAAGAACCUUUCUGUACAUAUAAAAAUGAAGAAUUUAUGA